UCUCGAACCAUGUCGACGCCCAUCGCGCUCCUGUCCGUGUACGACAAGACCGACCUCCUUGACUUUGCGCGGGGCCUCUCUGCAGCCGGGGUGCGCCUCCUCGGCUCAGGGGGUACCGCGAAGAAGAUCAGAGAUGCGGGCAUACCGAUCGAGGAUGUGUCUGAUAUCACGAAGGCGCCCGAGAUGCUAGGCGGACGCGUCAAAACUCUCCACCCCGCUGUCCAUGGUGGUAUUCUUGCGCGCGACAUCCCCUCCGAUCAGAAGGACCUCGCCGCCCAAUCCAUCUCCCCCAUCUCGAUCGUCGUCUGCAACCUCUACCCGUUCACCGAGACCAUAGCGAAGCCCAACUGCACGCUCGCAGAUGCCGUCGAGGAGGUCGAUAUUGGCGGCGUCACCCUCCUCCGCGCAGCGGCGAAGAACCACGCGCGCGUCUCGGUGCUCUCCGAUCCUGCGGACUACGCCGAGUUCCUCGACGCGUGGAAGGCGGGCAAGGGCGACGUCGGGCAGGCGAUCCGGAGCAAGCUCGCGCUCAAGGCGUUCGAGAUGACGGCGAAGUACGACGAGGCCAUCAGCGGGUACUUUAGGGAACAGUAUGCUGAUGCCGCGGCGGACGAGAGCCUGGCCGGGCCGGUGCAGAGGAUGGCAUUGCGCUACGGCGCCAACCCUCACCAGAAGCCCGCGCAGGCCUUUGUAUCGGAGGGGGAGCUUCCAUUCAAGGUCCUGGCCGGGUCGCCUGGUUACAUCAACCUCCUUGAUGGACUCAACUCGUAUGCACUCGUCAAGGAGCUACAGGAGGCUCUUAACCUUCCCGCUGCGGCAUCCUUCAAGCACGUCUCCCCAGCAGGAGCUGCCGUCGGCCUUGAAUUAAGCGAGACUGAGAAGAAAGUGUAUGGCGUGGACGAUCUCAAAGAGCCGUUGACUCCUCUGGCAUCUGCGUAUGCGAGGGCGCGUGGCGCUGACAGAAUGUCUUCGUUUGGUGAUUUUAUCGCGCUGUCUGCGCCGUGCGAUCUGGCCACGGCCCGCAUCAUUUCUCGUGAGGUCUCUGACGGCAUCAUCGCUCCGGGAUACUCUCCCGAAGCCCUCGACGUCUUGAAGAAAAAGAAGGGCGGCAAGUACUGCGUCCUCCAGGUCGACCCCAACUAUGUCCCCUCGGAAGUGGAGACGAGACAGGUCUUCGGCGUGUCCCUCCAACAGAGACGGAACACCGCCAAGGUCGACGCUAAAUUAUUUGAUAACCUUGUCACCAAAAAUAAAGAGCUCCCUGAUGCCGCCGUGACGGACCUGAUCGUUGCGACGCUUGCGCUAAAAUACACGCAAUCGAACAGCGUGGCGUACGCCUAUCACGGCUUGAUCGUCGGCCUCGGCGCCGGGCAGCAGUCGCGCAUUCACUGCACGCGCCUCGCGGGGUCCAAGGCGGACAACUGGUGGCUCCGGCACCACGCGCGCGUGCUCGCGCUGCCGUUCAAGAAGGGAGUCAAGCGCGCGGAGAAGGCAAACGCGAUCGACCUCUUCGUCGGCGGGGAGGCGCUCGAGGGCGGGGAGAAGGCGCAGUGGGAGUCGCUGUUCGAGGAGGUCCCGGCGCCGCUGAGCGAGCAGGAGCGCGUGGAGCACGCGAAGCUGUUGGACGGCGUCGCGUGCUCGAGCGACGCGUUCUUCCCCUUCCCCGAUAACGUGCAUCGCGCGCGGAAGAGCGGCGUCAGGUACUUGGCUGCGCCGUCCGGGAGCGUCAUGGACGCGGAGUGCAUCAAGGCGGCGGACGAGCAUGGGAUCGUGUUCGCGCAUACCUCGCUCAGGCUGUUCCACCAUUAAAACGGAGCUGGCGUGCGGCAUGUGUCCGCAAGCGAAAGCGGGAUACGGAGAAGUAGCGCUCGUUGUACAAAUAUAGAAUCAUUACGCCUUGCUUUCGUCGAUGUUGUUGAUCUAGCUUGGAAUUUUCACUGACUUCCAGCGA